AUGUUUGGUUCACUAAAAAAAUUUUUGGAGAAAUCUUCAGAAACGGAAAAUACUUGCAGUAGUCAAACAAGUUCAAUUAGUGAUUUAAAUAAAACUGAAAAUAAAUUAUCUACCGUUGGCGCAAAUGUUGAUGACAAUAUUGAUAGCAAUGAUGAAAUUAAAGAUAUAGCAGUAGCAAGUAUCGACGAUAUUAAUGAAAUUGAUGAAGCUUAUUCUGCGAUGUGUAUGGAACUGAAUGAUCCAGCAACCUGGCCUUUGGCACUUACCAAUAAAGUGCUAGAUAUUUUAAUCGAAAAGGGCCCUGUUCAAAAUGUACAAUCAGCAUAUGCAGAAAAUCAGUCAGGAAGAUCGUUUUCAAAUGUUUAUUUUUAUCGAUAA